UGGUCAGCCAAACGCUGGAUGUGUAUCGGGAAUUUCGUAAAAAUCUGGGACUCGUUCUUUAGAUUAUGCACAAAUGCUUGCGCCUUGAACAAAAUUUGGCAUAAACAUUUAUAUCGGGACAGUUUCCCGAUUACGGUCCACCCCCUUUCUCUCUCUCACUCGAUCUCGCGAUCGUCAAACAUGGGACGGCAGAUUCCCCCAAUUCACAACUGAAAGAGUCGAAGAGCAGUCAAUCUUCAUCGGAUCCCGGCGAAUUUCCGGCUAUCUCCCACAUAGCUCCCUACCAGGUACGGGAAACCCGUCUUACUCUCUCAUCUUUGACGAUGGUAGCUGUAAAGGUCGGGCCUCUGGCGCCUCUCCAACGGCGGAACACCAUAACGGCGGUGGACUCUCGCGACACCAGCAUUCCGAUCCGGCCGCAAAGCUCGAGCUUCUUCGUCAAUGAUAGCCGGAACGGCUGCCACACGGAGCUCGCCGAUUGGAGCCUCAUCUCCAUCGCCCCUUCCUCGUACACGAGUCUGAAGGACCUCCUCCAAACGGCACCCUAUGGAACCCAAUCGCCGGUGGCCGGAGACCGGUGCAGCUGCUGCUGUGUCACCAACGGCGACGGCCGCGAGAUCCCCAUCCGCAACCGGCUUGUGAAGCAGGCAGCUUGGGCGUACCUCCAGCCGAUGGCCGUCUCUCCGAGCAACUCCGACCGAAACCUUUUCCAGCAGCUCUGGUCGAGGUUCUCUGCCCGCUACCUCGAGGUUCCUCCAACUUCGUGCUUCGGCUUUCUUAAGGAGUGGUUCUCCGCUUGGCUCGCCCCGGCGCUCCAUCGCCUCCUUGGGAUCCUCUGGUUCCAGACUGCCCGAUAACGGUUAGUGUCAUAACCGCUAGCGGCUUACACAGUUACACUCACUUCUCCGCCUAUCUUUUCCAAAAGCUUAUUGUUUCAUCAAGGGUCUUUGUGAUGAUAAUUUGGCAAUUGUAAUUAUUGGUUCUGCAAUUAGAGAAGAUCUUGUUUGUUUCUGAUUGA